CGGGAAACGUCAGUCCCAUAGAAAUCUAUGAUCAGUUCAGCGUGUGUGGAUUAAACCGAAUCUUUCUAUCUAACUAACUAACUAAAUAACUAUUCGUCUCGUCGUUUCACUCAACUGAAGCAGUCACCAUGAGGCUCAUUAUAUCCAGCUGUGUUUUCCUCCUGCUGCUGCAUUGCUGCCACAUAACUGACAUUCACGGCCAAAAGUCUGACUCAGCCUUAACUGUGGUGGAGGACCCAGAAGGAGCAGAUGGAGUAGUUAGUGAUGAAGAGGAGGUGACGGCUGAUGAAGAUGAAGGAGUUGUAGAUGUGCUCCGUCCUACUGAGGAGUGGCAAACACUCAAACCAGGCCAGGCUGUCCCAGCAGGUUCUCAUGUCCGUCUGAACCUGCAGACAGGUCAGAGGGAGGUGAGACUGGGAGAGGAGCAGCUUAAAUACUGGACACAGGAACACAGAGAGACGGAGGAGACUCGGUCCUCCUUCAGUCCUGAGGAGCUGAAACGGGCCAUGAAGAAGAUGAAGGAGGACCUGAACCCAGAGAGCAGAGACUCAGACCAGCAGGACUCUGUGGCGUCCAGGUUUCGUCCCCUGGACGAGUUAAAGAGAGACAUGGCUCAGCUGGACCUGCAGGUGGAGACGGAUGUUCAGAUUAUGAGGCGUCUGCUGGAUCAGUUCAACAGCAGCAACUCCACCACAGAGCAGAAGCUGAACGUCCUGCUGGAGCUGGAGUACCUGGUGCACCAGGUGGAUAACGCUCAGAGCCUCUGCUCCAUGGGGGGUCUCCAGCUGGUUGUCGAGGGUCUGAACAGCUCUGACUUCAGACUACAGGAGAGCUCUGCCUUCGUCCUGGGAUCUGCUGUCUCCAGUAACCCGGCGGUCCAGGUGAAGGCGGUGGAGAGCGGCGCUCUGCAGACAUUGUUAACCAUGCUGGCCACGACACAGCCACUCAGAGUCAAGAAGAAGGUUCUGUUUGCGGUGGCGUCCCUCUUAAGGAACUUCCCCCACGCACAGCGCCACUUCCUGUCCCGCGGCGGGCUGCAGGUCCUCUCAGAGAUGUUCAGGGAGGAUGGAGGUGGAGUCCUGCGAACACGCAUCGUCACCAUGUUAUACGACAUGAUCAGUGAGAAGGAGCUGAUCUCUCAGACGGGUCUGGACCCGAUGCUGGACGCCUCCCAUGAGGAGCGUCUGCGUCAGUACUCUAAGGUUCCUCUGAGUGGAGAGCUGCUGGAGAAGGGCUGGUGCAGUCUGGUGCCCCAGCUGCUGGAGUCCACCGAGCACGACUACAGAGAGAAGGCUCUGCGGGCCCUGCUGGCGAUGGCCCCGGUCUGUUUGGAUCAGUACCGAUCAGACGGCUCUCUGCACGGCUCCCUGCUGUCCCUCAGAGACCAGUACCAGGAGAUGGCCCAGUCAGAGAUGAUUGUUGGAGAGGAGAACGGCUACUAUGCAGAGAUCGCAGAACUUAUAAAUGCUCUACAAGUCAAACUGAGACGAUGAGAGGAUCACAGACUGAAACAAGCACUCUAAAGGUUCAUAACAACCACACAAGGACAAAACCCUCAAGACAAGUCUGCUGCAGACAAUUCAAGACGUCAGAGGACCAGAUGAUGUGCUUCACCUGUACCUGGUGGAUUUAUUGGUCAGUCAGUAUGCAGGUUUCAUUGGUGGCCUUAGGUCUUUGGAUGGGGGUGGGGAUCGGAAAUAAAACAUUUUUACUCUGUGUUCAUUAUUUAAGAAUAAAUAAAUUAUUUAAAAAUGACGGUGU